GGCUUUGUAGUUCCCGGCGCCGUAGCAGCAGGACCCGGGGCCCCUCCGCGCCCGCCGGCUGACGCGGCCACUUGGAUCUAUCUGUAUGCGAUGCCUCCCGCCCUGCGCGCUAGCAGCAGCAAUACAGAUAGCGGGCCUCAAAGAAUUCUCUCCUGAAGAAGGAUUUUAUUAUUAUUUAUUUUUUUAUUUUUAUUCCUAGGGUCCUGAUACUGGGAAGACAUCCAGUUUCAUCCCCCUUUUAUUCAAAAGUCUCCUCAACUGCUUGUCGUCUUACGCGCGCUUUCUCCCUCCCUCUCUCUCUCUCUCCGUACAAGUACCUAUAGAUACAUCCUCGCUCUAUGCAAGGAAAGUUGCAAAGGACUGUCGGGAUGACGGAACCGCUAGUUUUCUGAGAGCCUACUGAGCCCGGAGGGUAAGUCCCCCAACUAUCGAAGUACCGACCGGUGCGAGGCUCUCUCCUGCAGCCCCGAGGGGCGUGUGUGGGGUGGGGGGGGAUCCGCUCCCCUCUCGGCCGCUCUCGAGCACCGGGUCCGGGCGAGGCAACAGUUUCUCGGCGGCGCCGGGAGAGGUCACAGCGGGAGAAGGGGAUGCUGCAGGGACCAGCGCGCAGGGGCAGCGGAGGGAACGGUCCAACAAGUUUCUCCGCAGGUAACAUUUACGUUAGCACUGCUGAGCUGGUGUAAUGCAAGGAAGGACACAUCAUGAAAUGGAAACACUAUCCUUUUUUGGUCAUAGUAGCUGUAUUCAGCCUUCCCAGAUGCCAUCAGUUACUGGGUCAGCUCAUUCCAGACUCCGACGACCUAGAGAGGGGGAACGACAGCGGGACACCACUCCCCACUUCUGAUAAUGGCGACAAUUCACUGGGCUACACAGGCUCCCGUCUUCGGCAAGAAGAUUUCCCACCUCGAAUUGUUGAACACCCUUCUGAUCUAAUUGUUUCCAAAGGAGAACCAGCAACUUUAAAUUGCAAAGCAGAAGGAAGGCCGACCCCUACCAUUGAGUGGUACAAGGGAGGGGAGAGGGUGGAAACGGACAAGGAUGAUCCCCGCUCCCACCGCAUGCUGCUGCCCAGCGGAUCUUUAUUUUUCUUACGCAUCGUCCAUGGGCGCAAGAGUAGGCCUGAUGAAGGGGUCUAUGUCUGUGUGGCAAGGAAUUACCUUGGGGAAGCUGUAAGUCAUAAUGCAUCGCUGGAGGUGGCAAUACUACGGGAUGACUUCAGACAAAAUCCAUCAGAUGUAAUGGUAGCUGUGGGUGAACCUGCAGUGAUGGAAUGUCAGCCCCCAAGAGGUCACCCAGAACCCACUAUAUCAUGGAAAAAAGAUGGUACCCCUCUCGAUGACAAAGAUGAGAGAAUCACAAUCAGAGGAGGAAAGCUUAUGAUCACAUACACAAGAAAGAAUGACGCUGGCAAAUAUGUUUGUGUUGGAACAAAUAUGGUUGGAGAACGUGAAAGUGAAGUUGCGGAGCUCACUGUUUUAGAGAGACCAUCUUUUGUGAAGAGACCAAGUAAUUUGGCUGUAACUGUGGAUGACAGUGCUGAGUUUAAGUGUGAGGCAAGAGGUGACCCAGUCCCUACAGUAAGAUGGAGGAAAGAUGAUGGGGAAUUACCAAAAGCAAGAUACGAAAUCCGUGAUGAUCAUACCUUGAAAAUCCGGAAAGUUAUGGCAGGAGACAUGGGCUCGUAUACUUGUGUUGCAGAAAAUAUGGUUGGAAAAGCUGAAGCAUCAGCAACUCUGACAGUUCAAGAGCCUCCACAGUUUGUUGUAAAGCCUCGAGAUCAGGUAGCUGCACUGGGGAGAACAGUGACUUUCCAGUGUGAAGCAACUGGAAACCCUCAGCCAGCCAUCUUUUGGCGGAGAGAGGGAAGUCAGAAUCUGCUUUUCUCAUACCAACCCCCUCAGUCAUCCAGCCGAUUCUCAGUUUCCCAGACAGGAGACCUCACUAUCACCAAUGUCCAGAGAUCUGAUGUUGGGUACUACAUCUGCCAGACUUUAAAUGUUGCAGGAAGUAUCAUAACAAAAGCCUACUUGGAAGUUACUGAUGUGAUUGCAGACCGGCCUCCCCCUGUCAUUCGACAGGGUCCUGUGAAUCAGACUGUAGCUGUAGAUGGUACUUUAGUACUGAGCUGCAUGGCCACAGGCACUUUAAUGCCCACUAUCCUCUGGAAAAAGGAUGGGAUCCUCAUUUCUACCCAGGAUUCUCGCAUCAAGCAAUUGGAGACAGGAGCGUUACAGAUCCGAUAUGCCAAGCUGGGUGACACUGGUCGGUACACCUGCAUUGCUUCAACCCCAAGUGGCGAAGCUACAUGGAGCGCAUACAUAGAGGUCCAAGAGUUUGGAGUCCCAGUGCAGCCACCGAGACCCACUGACCCAAACUUGAUUCCUAGCGCUCCAUCAAAACCCGAGGUUACAGAUGUCAGCAGGAAUACAGUAACAUUGUCAUGGCAACCCAAUUUGAAUUCAGGUGCAACACCAACCUCUUACAUAAUUGAGGCCUUCAGCCAUGCAUCUGGUAGCAGCUGGCAAACUGUAGCUGAAAAUGUGAAAACAGAGAGUUUUGCAGUUAAAGGGCUAAAACCUAAUGCAAUUUAUCUAUUCCUUGUGAGGGCAGCUAAUGCAUAUGGACUAAGUGACCCAAGCCAAAUAUCUGAUCCAGUGAAAACUCAAGAUGUUCCACCAACAAGUCAAGGUGUGGAUCACAAGCAGGUCCAGAGAGAACUAGGUGAUGUGGUACUACAUCUGCACAACCCUACUAUCCUUUCUUCAUCCUCAAUUGAAGUUCAUUGGACGGUGGACCAGCAAUCCCAGUAUAUCCAAGGCUAUAAAAUUCUGUACCGGCCUACAUCAGCAUCCUAUGGAGAGUCGGAGUGGUUAAUCUUUGAAGUGAAGACUCCGACCAAAAACAGCGUUAUCAUUCCCGAGCUGAAGAAAGGUGUAAACUACGAAAUCAAGGCCCGCCCUUUUUUUAAUGAGUUUCAGGGAGCAGAUAGCGAAGUGAAAUUUGCAAAGACCCUGGAAGAAGCUCCUAGCGCUCCACCUCAGAGUGUUUCAGUAACUAAGAACGAUGGGAAUGGGACAGCAAUUGUGGUCACCUGGCAGCCACCCCCAGAGGACAACCAGAACGGGAUGGUUCAAGAAUAUAAGGUUUGGUGUCUUGGCAAUGAAAGUCGAUACCAUAUAAACAAGACGGUAGAUGGUUCUACCUUUUCUGUAGUCAUCCCCUCCCUAGUUCCUGGUAUUCGAUACAGCGUGGAAGUGGCAGCAAGUACUGGGGCAGGACCUGGAGUGAAAAGCGAUCCACAGUUUAUCCAAUUAGAUUCUCAUGGAAACCCCGUGUCUUCAGAAGAUCAAGUGAGUUUAGCCCAGCAGAUUUCCGAUGUAGUAAAGCAGCCUGCCUUCAUUGCUGGAAUUGGUGCAGCCUGUUGGAUUAUCCUUAUGGUCUUCAGCAUCUGGUUAUAUCGCCACAGGAAGAAGCGGAAUGGACUCACUAGUACUUACGCUGGUAUUAGAAAAGUCCCGUCUUUUACCUUCACACCAACAGUAACGUAUCAGAGAGGAGGAGAGGCCGUAAGCAGUGGAGGCAGGCCAGGACUCCUAAACAUCAGUGAACCAGCCACUCAGCCAUGGCUAGCAGAUACUUGGCCUAACACAGGGAACAAUCACAAUGACUGCUCCAUCAACUGCUGCACCUCUGGCAACGGAAACAGUGAUAGCAACCUUACGACGUACAGUCGACCAGCCGAUUGUAUAGCAAAUUACAACAAUCAGCUGGACAACAAGCAAACAAACCUGAUGUUGCCUGAGUCAACUGUUUAUGGUGAUGUGGACCUCAGCAACAAAAUCAAUGAGAUGAAAACCUUCAAUAGUCCAAAUCUAAAGGACGGAAGAUUUGUCAGCCAGCCUGGGCAGCCCACUCCUUAUGCCACCACUCAACUCAUCCAGUCAAAUAUCAGCAAUAAUGUUAACAAUGGCAGCGGGGAUACGAAUGAGAAACACUGGAAACCCUCUGUUCAGCAAAAGCAAGAGGUUGCACCCAUACAGUACAACAUUAUGGAGCAAAACAAAUUAAACAAAGAUUACCGGGUAAAUGACAACAUUGCUCCAACUAUUCCGUACAACCAGUCAUACGACCAGAAUACAGGUGGAUCCUACAACAGCUCAGACAGAGGUAGUAGUACAUCUGGGAGUCAAGGGCACAAGAAGGGUGCUCGGACCCCAAAAGCUCCCAAGCAAGCUGGCAUGAACUGGGCAGAUCUUCUUCCACCCCCUCCAGCACAUCCACCUCCCCAUAGCAAUAGUGAAGAUUACAGUCUUUCAGUAGAUGAAAGCUAUGACCAAGAAAUUCCAUGUCCUGUCCCACCUGCAAGGAUGUAUCUGCAGCAGGAUGAGCUAGAGGAAGAGGAAGAAGAUGAGCGAGGUCCUACUCCACCAGUCAGAGGAGCAGCUUCCUCUCCAGCCGCUGUCUCCUAUAGCCAUCAGUCAACUGCCACUCUCACCCCCUCUCCCCAGGAAGAACUCCAGCCCAUGUUACAGGACUGUCAGGAGGAUCUGGGACACAUACAACACCAACCUGACCGGAGACGUCAGCCUGUGAGUCCUCCACCCCCUCCAAGGCCUAUUUCCCCACCACAUACCUAUGGAUAUAUCUCAGGGCCCUUGGUCUCUGAUAUGGAUACUGAUGCACCAGAAGAGGAAGAGGAUGAGGCAGAUAUCGAGGUUGCCAAGAUGCAGAGCAGAAGGCUCCUUUUGCGUGGCCUUGAGCAGACCCCUGCCUCCAGCGUUGGGGAUUUGGAGAGCUCUGUAACAGGGUCCAUGAUCAAUGGCUGGGGUUCAGCCUCUGAAGAAGACAACAUCUCAAGCGGGCGGUCCAGCGUUAGCUCUUCCGAUGGAUCCUUUUUUACCGAUGCAGAUUUUGCACAGGCUGUUGCAGCAGCUGCGGAAUACGCAGGCCUGAAAGUAGCCAGACGUCAAAUGCAGGAUGCAGCAGGAGGCCGUAGACAUUUUCAUGCAUCACACUGUCCUAGACCCACCAGCCCUGUAUCUACCGACAGCAACAUGAGUGCUGUUGUAAUACAGAAGGUCCGACCUGCCAAAAAGCAAAAACACCAGCCAGGACAUCUGCGCAGAGAAGUCUACACAGAUGAUUUGCCACCCCCUCCUGUGCCACCUCCAGCUAUAAAGUCACCAACUGCCCAGUCCAAAUCACAGCUGGAGGUGCGGCCGGUCAUGCUGCCAAAACUUGCUUCUGUAGAAGCGAGGACAGACAGAUCCGCGGAAAGGAAAGGAGCGAGCUACAAGGGGAGGGACGGGGUGGAUGGGAGACAGCAUUCGGAUGUGCGAACAAAUUCGGGAGAGCGGAGAGAAUCGCAGGAACAGCAGAAUGAUGGGAAACUGCGAGGAAAUAAAGCACCAAAACGAGAAGGCACACCAGCAAAAACUCAUAUUCUUCAAGAGGACAUCCUGCCAUAUUCUAGACCAACGUUUCCAACAUCAAAUAAUCCUAGAGAUCCCAGCUCCUCCAGCUCGAUGUCAUCAAGAGGAUCAGGAAGCAGACAGAGGGCAGAUCAAGCAAAUGUAGCCCGAAGGAAUGUUGCAGAAAUGCAAGUACUGGGAGCAUAUGAACAAGGAGAAGAAGAAGAAGAAGAGAUGGAGGAAACAGAAAGCUGAGGACAGCGACAUGUACUGUUACCGGCUUUUAAAAUCUAAUCAGAAAAAAACAAAUCACUUAAGAUGCCUCAAGUCUGAUGAUGUUUGACGCCAGAAAUAAUGUUCAGUGCAAUCAGAGUGUACAAUUUUUCAUCUUUCUUCAUGCCAUCAAAAUACUAGUUUUUAUUUUACUCUUUUUUGUAAACCCUCCUUAUGAGGAGCGGCCCUUGCCUAUUCCGUAACACUUAAGUGCAUCACCUUCGCUGCCCGAGAAGGCAGGUAAGCUGCUCUUCGUGGUACUUGGGCCAGCUGCUGCUUCAGGAUUAGAACAGAAGGGGAUUCCAGACUCUGGGAUCCCAAGGUUUCUCCCCAGCAAGGCAGUGCUUAGUACACUGCUGGUACACAAGUGAGCCAGUCAAUAACAUAGCAAGUAAUACAGCAUUGAUUAAAAAGAUCCCCAAAGUGAACAUCAUGCUGAACAUUCUUUUAUUCUAGGGGGUUUGAUGUAGUCUGCUGUGAAUGCAAAUAUCUUUCAAUUCCAAUAAAGACUGUGUGUCUUGUUCUCUGCCAGUCUCUUGCUAACCUUUUGCAGAUGAUACAGUUUUACAAAUGCAAGUAAAAUUAAUUUGGGAUGAGGUGGCUCUUAAUGUAAAUAUGUACUCAUUUUAAAUCCCCUGUGGUACUUUGAUUUGUCUUUCCAUUUUCAUCAUUAAGUACAUUCUUAUUAAAAAUGUCCUUUGGGAUAGGCAGGAGGUAAACCAGUGUGAUUGCUAUUUGCCUAAUCACACCAUGAGCAAGUGUAUCUGAAACUUUGUCUAACUUUCAGCUUCAACCAUGCUUAGAACAGAAACAAGAAAAUCAGCGGACAUUUUUAAUAAUAAUUGGGUAAUAUCAUUAACUGUUACUGGCCCAAAUCUCAGACCUCUACUUGUGUCAAUUCACCUUAAAGAAGAAGUGCCACUUAAAGAAGUUUUCUUUGAUUUUGGUGAUUAAUGGUUUUUUGUAAUGCACUGCUUAUCUUUUUUUUUUUUUUUUUUUUUGGUUUUAAAAGCACAAUCACUAAACUUUGUUUGUAAAACCAUUGUAACUAUUAACCUUUUUUUUUGUCUUAUUGAAAAUGUUAAGCAUUUGUUUGGGGUAUUUUUCCUUUUUGUGUUAACGCUCUAUGUUUGUAUUUGGAAUAUUUGAAUGAUGACAGACGGUAAAGUAACAAAAGUAAAUGUGGGCCAUAAUCAAAACACUUCUCACUUUUCCUGGACUUCCAGAAAAUUACCAAUUUUGCUGUGGCCUCUCUCAACAUUGGGUUAUCAUUAAAGCUGAAAUAGAGGCAUUAGUUGCAUUGAAUUUGCCAAAUGAUGUCCUCUGUCUGUAGGUUUUCUGAUCUUUUUUGUAACGAUAAAAUUUCUUUGUCAUUGGUGCUAAUGGGAAAAUGUGUGUUUGUUAUUGACAGCUAUCAGGACUAGCCCCAAUGGAAAAAAAAAAAAAAAAAAGGAAAAAAAAAAGUGUUUUGGUGUUUACCGAGGACUGAAAUUUUUCAUUUAGCUGAUUUUUAAAGAAAGGUUCCAUAGAAAGGGUGUGCAGUACUAAAGGAACAAUCCAUGUGAUUAAUGUUUUCAUUAUGUUCAUGUAAGAACCUCAUAUUUUAGCCAUAAUUUUGCAUACUGAGGAUCCAAUAAUCAGAAAAGUAAUUUUUGUCACAUUAUUUAUUAAAAAUGUUCUCAAAUACAUUA